UUCGUGUGUGCGCAACAGAGAAUACCAAAAAAACCAGAGAAACCAACUACAAUGAGGGGAAUACGCCUUUCACCACCACCAAUACAAACCACCAACACAAUCCAAUCACAAACCUUUCCCACCACCACCUCCAACCCCAACCAAGUUCGAUUCCUCCCUUUCCAAUCAAAGCAUAACAACAAGAAGAAAAAACACAAGACCCCAAUCCUAUGCCUCUCUUCAACAAACCCAUCCAAAAUCCACCCCCAACCACCCCUCGUGGUGGUCGGUUCUGCCAAUGCCGACAUCUACGUGGAGAUCGACAGGCUCCCGAAGGAAGGCGAAACGCUGUCAGCUAAGACCGGGCAGACCCUCGCGGGCGGGAAGGGCGCGAACCAGGCGGCUUGCGGAGGGAAGCUGUCCUACCCAACGUACUUCCUUGGGCAGGUCGGGCAGGACUCGUAUGGGACGCUUGUGACUGAGGCGCUGAGGAGUGACGGAGUGUGUCUCGAUCACGUGACGACUGUUAGUGGUGGGACCCCAACUGGGCAUGCUGUUGUGAUGCUGCAGUCUGAUGGGCAGAACUCCAUAAUUGUUGUUGGUGGUGCGAAUAUGAGCUGCUGGCCUGAUAUUCUGCCUCAGCAUGAUCUUGAUGUUGUCAGGAACGCUGGCAUUGUAUUGCUCCAGAGGGAGAUUCCUGAUCAUGUCAACAUUCAGGUCGCAAAGGCUGCAAGGAGUGCUAGCGUACCAGUAAUUUUUGACGCUGGGGGCAUGGAUUCUCCAAUUCCACAAGAAUUACUGAACUAUGUUGAUAUUCUGAGCCCUAAUGAAACUGAACUUGGUCGCCUUACGGGAAUGCCAACUGAAAGUUUUGAAGAUAUUGCACAGGCUGCAGCUAAAUGCCAUAAAUGGGGAGUUAAGCAAGUACUUGUAAAGCUUGGAGAGAAAGGAUCAUCACUUUUUAUUGAAGGAGAAGAACCGAUUCAGCAACCUGCCAUAUUUGCUAAGAAGGUUCUCGAUACAACUGGGGCUGGUGAUACCUUUACAGCUGCUUUUGCUGUUGCACUAGUUGAGGGCAAAUCCAAAAAGGAAUGCCUCAAAUUUGCCGCUGCUGCAGCUUCUCUGUGUGUUCAAGUGAAGGGGGCCAUUCCCAGCAUGCCUGAUAGGAAAUCUGUUCUAGAACUUCUUAAUUAUCAUUAAGGAUCUUGCAUGAGGUGGAAGGUGAAGUUUUGCAUACUCACUCUUCAUUUGUACUUCUUAUUUAUUAGUCCAAAAAAUUCAAAAAUCCUCUUCUAAACUAUAUAGGCUUGGUUUAGUAAAACUUUUACUUUUCAAAAUAGCUUUUAAAAGAUAUUUUUUUUUAAAAGUUUAAUAUUUAUAUUUGGUAAAGUAAAAUUUAAAAAUACUAUAAUAGAUAUUUUAAUUAAUGUAUGAGGUUAUAUUAGACUUUUUAAUUUUGAUAAGCACAAGUCAACUUUGAAAAGCUUCCCUUUAGGUGCUUUCAAAACCACCUCUACCUUUUUAAUUUACCAAACACAAAACGAAAGCAUAAGCACCUCUUCGAAAAAUUUUAUCAAACCAAACCUUAGUCAACGACAUGAUGUCAAGAUUUCGACUCACAUAGGAAGUUACUGUGGUGUUUGUAUCUUAAAUUGUCAGUACUGUGCCAUUGUUCAUGAUUCUUAGUUAAUUAUUAUUUAAAUGAGAAAUGAUAAAUCCCCAUUGGAUCCUCUUAAA